AUGGCCACCCCAAACCUCCCACCUGAGCGAAAGAUCCUGUCAAAGUUGAUCGACGUCCAUGGUUAUAGCCAUUACCGAUUGCAAAUCGAUACUGUCAUCAAAUACCUAUCCCUUAAAUGCGGCACAUUCGACGAGCCGACCCUUGGAGAAUUGAAAGUCGGCUUCUUUUGUUUCUGUCUCCCUCGGGUCGAGCCCGACGAAACCUGGCAUGAGUACAAUAUACCCUGGUUAGACUUGACACAUGUUGAAAAGCUCAGCGAGAAUACGUUCGAGGUUACCUAUCUACCCAAACCGACAGCAAAGCCACGCCGGGCUAUUGCGAAGUUUUAUCCCUUUGGAAGAGACGAAAACCUUUAUAGACAGAUCCAGCUCUAUGAAGAGCUGCAGGGUACCGGGAUCGCCCCGGAGUACCUCGGAAAUAUCAUCGAGGGUGCGCGUGUGAUAGGAUUUCACCUUGAGAAGGUUGAAGGACGGGAAGCAUCAGUGGAGGAUCUUCCGGCCCGCAGAGCUGUUUUGCAACGGUUCCACAAGAAGCUGGAUCGGGCUCAUGGGGAUGUUCACCGGCGUCAUUCUAUUGUACAAAAGAAGGGGGUGAAGUUGAUUAGCUUCGGAAAGAGUGAGUGUUGCGAUGGUGCAAAGGACCAAAGGGCUUUGGAGGUGAGCAGUCUAGAGGGUUUGUUGGCCGUGGAGUGA